AUGGACGACCUACCCGAAAAUGUGACGAACCCCCAAGAUAACGUAGAUAAUAGCCAAAGCACCACAGCGUCAGGUAUGGAAGUUGACUACGACAAAGAGAUCGAUGAAGUAAACAAAGUCUUCCAGAAAAAUGACACAAGGAAAGUGGUAGUAAACGCAAACAACACACAAAAAGCCUCAAAAAACAUCAAAAAGACAAGUAUGCCACCCAUAGUGCUCGACGGAGUGACAGAAAAUCAUCACCUCCUCACAAACGAGCUACGUAAUAUAUUCACGGGAAAAUUCUCAAUUAAACAUACGAACACGUCAAAUAUUGUUUUCGCAGAACUAGCCGAUUAUCAAACACUUCUACAAAAAGCAAAGACCGACAAACUACCCCACCACACAUACUCAAGCAUUGAAGAUAAAUCACAUGCUUUUGUGCUCAGAGGCCUAGCGGUACCGAGCGGUACCAAAAUAGAACACAUACAAGAGGACCUUCAAGAAAACUAUGAAAUAAACACUAGACAUAUAUAA